AUGACUGUCACGAAUGGAGUUACAAAAGGUCUCUUUGGACCUGAGCUCGUCUCCCCUGAAGUUGCCAAAUCCCUUCCCGAAUCAUAUACUCUUCGCGCAUUACAAAAGUCCGAUUAUGCUCUCGGAUUCUUAGAUGUUUUACGGGUCUUGACUGUCGUUGGGGAUAUCACCGAAGAGCAGUGGAAUGAGCGGUACGAUUGGUAUGGCAAUCAAGGGAAGGGUGGUUAUUAUCUCUUGGUUAUUGAAGAUCAGGGGAAGAUUGUCGCUACUGGUGCUCUGAUUGUAGAAAGAAAGUUCAUUCACAACCUCGGUCUCGUGGGUCACAUCGAAGACAUUGCUGUUGCGAAAGAUCAACAAGGAAAGAAACUUGGAUUGAAGAUGAUUCAAGCUCUUGACUUUAUCGCGGAGAAGAUUGGUUGUUAUAAAAGCAUAUUGGACUGUAGUGAAGCCAACGAGGGAUUUUAUGUUAAAUGUGGUUUCAGGAGGGCCGGGUUGGAAAUGGCGCAUUACUACGAGCAUUGA